AUGGCAUCGACGACGGAUACCAAGAACUACAAGUUCAACCACUCCAUGCUCCGAGUGAAGAACCCCAAGGAGUCAGUCAAAUUCUACUCCUUCCUGGGCAUGUCCCUGAUAAAGAAGCUCGAGUUCCCCGACGCCAAGUUCGACCUGUACUUCCUCGGCUACGACUCGCCCAAGGCGGUCUCGGGCGGCAACAACGUGUGGGACCGCGAGGGCCUCAUCGAGCUGACGCACAACUACGGCACCGAGAACGAUGCCGAGUACAAGGUCAAUAAUGGCAACGUCGAGCCCCACCGCGGCUUUGGCCACACGUGCAUCAGCGUCGACAACAUCCAGGCCGCCUGCCAGCGCAUUGAGGACGCCGGCUACAAGUUCCAGAAGAAGCUGACCGACGGCCGCAUGCGCCACAUCGCGUUUGCCCUGGACCCGGACGGUUACUGGGUCGAGAUUAUCGGGCAGAAACCGCUGGAGGAGACGGAGAAUGUCAAGGAGACGGAUGUGCAGACGUAUCGCAUGAACCACACCAUGCUCCGCGUCAAGGACGCCGAAAAGUCGCUCAAGUUCUACCAAAAGGUCCUGGGAAUGUCGCUGUACCGGAAACACGAGAACCAGGCGGCCGGAUUCACCCUCUACUUCCUGGGCUAUCCCAGGGAGAAGGGCGUACCCGGCGAGGGCGAGAGCACUGCCGACCGCGAGGGUCUGCUCGAGCUGACAUGGAAUCACGGCACCGAGAAGGAUGAAAGCUUCAAGUAUCACGACGGCAACAGCCAGCCCCAGGGUUUCGGGCAUAUUUGUGUAUCUGUGGACAACCUCGAGGCCGCCUGCGCCCGCUUCGAGUCUCUCAAUGUCAGUUGGAAGAAGCGUCUCACCGACGGCCGCAUGAAGAAUGUGGCCUUCGUCCUGGACCCGGAUGGAUAUUGGGUCGAAGUCGUCCAGAACGAACGCUUCACGGGCAAGGCCAACUUCUAA